AGACGACCACCCAAAAACGUCUACGCUGUUUGACCUCUUCCUCUCUCUUCCGCUGUCGGAACCGCCCCACCCUUGUCGCUUGUUUCUUUCGAUACGAUCCCGUCCCUAUUAAUCGCCCAUCCUUGGAUCUGAGAUCGCCCUCCUCCUCCUCGGCUCUCGUCCCAUCGGUCCUUUCCUCCACGCUCUCCGUCGAUCGUUCGAUCGAUUGACGCGAGACGGGAAGGAAAGGAAGAUGAGGGGUUUUGAUUCUCUUUGUCGUCCUAACAAUUUAGUCGGUCUAUCAGCUUUUAGAUCAUUCGACUCUUGCAGUGGCUGUUCGAGUCUCUAGCAUCUGGUUUCGUUUAUAUAGAAUGAAAUCAAUUCUUGAGGGCUAGAGCACUUGUCAUUGUUUCUCCCCAUUGUUCUCGUGGUCUAUGGAGCACCUCCCUGUGGAAGUCAUCGGUAAUAUACUUUCUCAUAUUGGAACUGCUAGGGAUGUCGUUGUUGCCUCCGCCACUUGCCGGAAAUGGAGAGAAGCCUGCAGGAAACACCUUCAUACCCUUUCUUUCAGGUCAGAUGAUUGGCCCCGUGAUAUCACAACCAGGCAGCUGGAGAUUCUCAUAACACAGACUAUAUUCCAAACGAUGGGAUUGCAGUGUCUUUCAAUUCAUAUGGACAAUGCACAUGAGUUUGCUGCUGCUCCAGUUAUUGCGUGGCUUAUGUACACCAGGGAAACAUUACGGAGCCUGUCAUAUAAUGUUCGCACGACACCAAAUGUGAACAUUUUAGAGAAAUGUGGUCGACAGAAGCUGGAGGCUUUGGAUUUGGAUCAUAAUUCUAUCACUGGGGUCGAACCAAGUUACCAGAGACUUACUUGCCUCAAAUCCCUUUCUCUAAGACAUGUUAGUAUCUCUGCCUUGGAUCUGAGCCUCUUGUUAGCUGCCUGUCCAAGGAUAGAGUCUUUGACUCUUGAUGCUCUAGAAAUUGUCACUUCAGAUUCUCAGUCUUCGAUGGAGCUGAGCAGUCAAACGUUGAAGUGCUUAUAUGCCAAAUCAAUAGGUGUGGAUAAGAUUAUUCUGGAGGCAGAUAAUCUUGAGAGCUUGCACCUAAAUGCCCUAAACCUUGAUUUUUUCGAGCUUAUUGGAAAGGGUACUUUAAAGCAUCUGAAGAUUGAUGAUGUUAGUGUUACUCAUUUGGAUAUUGGUGAGAGCAUGGACCAUCUACAGGUUGUAGACGUUAGUAACUUCAUGAUCAUGUGGCCCAAAUUCUACCAAAUGAUAUCUAGAGCAUCUAAACUGAGAAAACUCAGGCUCUGGGGUGUAGUGUUUGAUGAUGAGGAUGAGGUUAUUGAUUCAGAAUCUAUUGCUGUUUCAUUCCCGCAGCUUAAGCAUCUCUCGUUAAGUUAUGAGAUAAGGGAUGGACUGCUCCAUUAUGGAUUACAAGGCUCCUCACCAUUGGAAAAUGUGGAUGUACUGGAACUGGGAUGGACUGUAAUAAGCGAGCAUUUUGGACAUUGGGUUUUUGGGAUAAUUGAAAGAUGCCCAAACCUCAAGAAAUUAGUCAUCCAUGGUGCCCUUUCUGAGACUAAAACUCGUGAAGAACGUCAGAUGUUGGCCAAUUUUACCUCAUUUAUAGUUUGUCUUAUGAGGAAAUAUAUUCAGGUCGAUGUGCAGUUUGAGUAUGAGUGAUUUUUUCACAAGUCACUGCAAGGGUUCGGAUAUUCUAAUCUUGAGCUAUUCUUGUCAGUUGCAUCAGACAGCAGGUAGUUUGAAAUUUUCACUGCAGGGCCGUUACAUUCCAUAUUGGAAAUAAUCAUCUGAUUUAGCACUUGAGUGAAGCUGCAGCGUUCAAGAUAGCUAUGAAACUGGUGAGGCCAACAUGGUUAGCUGGAGGCGAACAACAUCUGCAUUAGCUUCGAAGAGAAUAGCGAUGCCGACCAAAUUGUGUUAUAACUUGGGAUGCUAAUGGAAAAGGUUGGACUUCGUCCCUUCAUCAUAGCUUCAAUUGGGAUCAUCGAGUAGAUCAGCACAAGCAUAGCAUCUAGCCUGGGAACCCAAAUCUUGGAAGAACAUGCUCUCGGUAGUAAGCUGUUGGGAGUUGAACAUGCUUAUUCUUGGUGUUCCAGUUAUUCUGAUGUAUCACAAGACUCUUCACCAAACUCUUUUUGAUCCUUUGAUCCUUCUUGUGCCACUAAACUCUUCACCAAACUUUGGGUCACUCUUCCCCAUAUUUGUUUUCUUUUGCUUCAAGUUCUAUGUUUAAGCAACAAUCAAGUUUUUUUUGUUGUAGAAAUAUGCACACCAGGAUUCUGAUGGGCAAGUUUUCAAUUUGGGCAAAAAGCCAUUUGUGGAA